CAGGGUUGUUUAUUUCUUUUGACUUAAAAGGUGAAGAGCAAAAGAAACUGGAUGUGCUUUCAAAUGAAAUUUCUAUCAAGGCCUUGGUAAGCAGUGGUCGAAUGGUACUGUGUUACGUCCAUCAGUUACGCUCAAUUGACUUGAUGGAUCCUCUAACAUUGAUUGUGAUGUUCCCAUUGGAACGUACAGCUCUAUAUAUGCCUGAAAAUCUACUAUUUCUCAAUUGAUAUGGCAGUGAUCAAUUGGAUGCCUUCUCUUUCAUAUAGAUCUUUGGGAUUUAUAUUAUGAAAGAUGGUGAAGACCCUACUUUAGAUGAUGUCCUGCAACCUGGGAAGAAUAUGAUUGCUGCUGGCUAUUGUAUGUGUGGAAGCUCUUGCUCAGUAUGAACCAUGAAGGGUUGAAAGAUGGUGAAGACCCUACUUUAGAUGAUGUCCUGCAACCUGGGAAGAAUAUGAUUGCUGCUGGCUAUUGUAUGUGUGGAAGCUCUUGCUCAGUAUGAACCAUGAAGAGUUGUCUUCUUGCGAACUUGUUUUGAGCUCUGGAUCUGGCGUUAAUGGAUUCACCCUUGAUCCAUCCCUGGGCCAGUUUUUACUAACUCCUCCUGACAUCAAGGUGAGCAUCUUGUCUCAGUAUUAAAUCCAUUGUCAAGAUGUCCUGUUUUCUUACAAGACUACAUCAAUAUUAUGGAAACACAUUUGGCCUAUUCUUUUCCACUUAAUAACAUUUUAUUGUCAGUAUGUUGUUCACUAUAUUAGAGUUCUCUACUUUGUGAUGAGUUGUAAAGUGAAUGGCUUCAAACAGAAGAAGUUUGUAGCAAAACGGAUAGAAACCGAUACUGAUACACGAAGACCAAUGAAGCAACGAAACUUGGUGGAAAUCCUUAAACAUGAUUGGUGGUAUAAUGGCCUUAUAAAAGAUAUGACCAUGGAUAGGAUGGUUGGAAAGUUUUGAGUUCAUUUAGCUGAACCCACUUAGUGAAAUUAAGGCUUAUAACUGUUGUUAUUUUUGCUUGCACCAGUUUCAUUUCUUCUAAAAUUGUCAUGACCCUAAGGAUUUCCCAAGAAUAGAUUAGUAAAUAUAAUAGUAGGAAUUUACAUUUCCUUUUGUAUUUUCUGUUAUAGGGCUUUGUCUUUAGCUAAUAGGCAGUUGGGCUGUUUGUUACAUUGCACAUGGGUGCAUAUGGGAGGCUGUUUGGCUAUAUAUAAGCCUCAGCUGAGGAUGGAAGGAUUAUGUUUUGAAAUGAUAAAUGAAAAUCUGAUUUCUCUCUAGAAUUCUCUCUCCCUCUAAUUUCUUUCCUUCUCUGUUCCAUUUUCCCUCUCCUUGCUGUUCUCUAUAAUUUUCCCCAUUUCUUGCUCCAAUUUCCUUCCCUACCCAUCUAAUUCCCCCUCUGAUUUCUCUCAAUUCCCUAUCAAAUCCUAGGUAAACCAUAGGCACAUGACAAAAUCUAUUCAGUAAAUGAAGGAAAUGCCAAGAACUGGGAUGCUCCAACAACAAAGUAUGUUGAACCGAUUUAGCAAUCUUUGUCUUCUGUCUUUCUUUUUUGCUCAGCAAAUGAAGCAAUCUAUAUUUUCUGUUAGUUGUAUGUUCUUGAGAUUGUCAUUUUCCAAAUGGGAGGUAUUUUGAAAAAUGCAAGUUCCCUACAGAUGGAUCCUCACCAAAGUCUCUUAAGAUACAUUGGAAGGUACUUGGUUUCUUAUUAGAACAUAUUAGGCGCUAAAAGGUUUCUUUACAGUAAAUGUCCAAUAAUAAGACUCUGCAUCUGCCAUAUCUGACAAGACCAUUGAAUGACUAUUAAUGGUUCUAUUGCUUGAAGGAUAUGGAUACAAGACUGUUACUCCAUCUACUUAACAUCUCUAAACUGAUAAGAUAAUCAGAUAGAUAUCUUCAAAAAUUGUUUUCAGACAAAUGUUUGAAAUGGCAUUUUCCCUUGUUAGCCAAAAAUAAAUAAAUAAAUAAAUGAAUGAUGGAAAGAAAUGGUCUUUUCCUUCCAAGUUUUUACUAUCAGGUAUCUUCUUGUUACAUACCAUUUCACUUUCCUAGUUGUAGCAGUAACAUUCCAGAAUAAGUCUUAUUGAGAGACAUUGGAAGUUCUUAGGAUUUUGAACUAUUCAAAUUAUUUCUAGAUUUCUAGGAGUUGUUUCAUAAUUACUAGGAGAUGUUCCUAGUAACUUGCUAUUUUAUUGUCAUGGGAUCAAGGUUGGGGCAGUCCACUAGGCACAUUAAAGACAUCCUGAUAUAAAUUCAAAUAAUGCUCUAAUUUGAAUGAUGGCAUUGGGUGCUAAGGAAGAAGAAUUGCCUGUUAGGCCUUGGAAUGAGAGAAAAAACCUGUAAAAGAAGUCCCUCCUAACCUCCUUCACUUAGUCAUUUUCUUGCAUCUGCCAUUUGAAAUUCUAGAGCAGCUAGACAACUGAGCAUGAUUUCCAUUCGAUUGAUAUUGAAAUUCAUUUGUAGCUUGUAGGAAUCCAAUAACAACAUCAUAGUUUAUUUGAGGUAACAGAGAAUAGGUGACCACGGUUGGUACUCCUUCAAUCAUAAUGUUGACUCCCUUGUGUCUUCCAGAACUGUGACCUUCUCACUAUUGAUCACUGAAACUUCAAACUUCCCUUCAGCAUCUGGAACAACAACUUUCUUUUGAGCCACCACUUCUGCAGCAUCAUUAGCUUUCUCAAGCUCCAUGUCCAUAUCAUCUUCUUUCCCAUCAGACCUUUUUCAUUCAGCAAGAAGUACUUACAGCGAUACCCUAGGCUACACUUCUCAUUGCAAUUGAAAUAGAGGCCUUUGUCUCUCAUUUCCUUUAGUUUUGUUGGGCGUAGCUUCUUGAUUAGCAAAGGAUUUGAAUUUGGAGUUGAAGAGUGAUUAACAAUAGGUUUUUACACCUCAGUCUUGACUCAUGAUAUUGUCCUUCAAGCCACUCACAUAGAAGCUAAUAUUUUACCUGCUGUUGUCAAUAAUUUCUCAAACUGAGUUCGAUACCCUCUGAUAGAACCAGUUUGUUGCUAGUUCAUUAGAUCCCCAAAAAAAUCUUGAAAUGGUGUUGGAUCUACCUUAUGUGAAGGCUUUGCUACAAGACCUCACAGGACAAUACUAGAGGAUUACCUUGUGUUUGUGGAACUCAAAGAAUUGAUCAUUCCUGCAAAUCCAACUCGUCAGGUCUUGAGUCCCAUUGAAUUGUGGGACAUCCAGUUUCACCAGCCUAGGCAAGUACUGGGAUGUGGAGUCAUCAUGCUUGGUUCCUCCAUUACUAAUGGUUUGAACUCUGGUAUUUUGAUUAUUGGAGCUUCCCCAACUUAACGACUAAUUGUGAGGUUAUCAAAUUUGGUAUUUAUUGCUGCAAGUUCUCUCUUGCAUCUCCUUAAGAAUUCUUUCCUUUCCAGUAGUUAAGAUCUGACAUCCGCCUCCAAAUGUGCCAACUGUUGUUGCUCCUCCUUGCUUAGCUCUGAUACCUACUUGUUACUUCUCCUGGUAACAGAUCAGGUUAUUUGUCGAGCAGGUGGUGGCAUGUAAGUAGCCUUCUGAUUUGUUUUCCCCUUCUUCCCUAAGUGUAAAUACACUUAGAAAAUCUGUAGCAUGAAAUGAAUAGUUAAAGGAAGGUAAUGCGAUCAAAGAAUGAAGAAAAAAUAGAGAUGGGGGACACAAGGUUGGUUUGCUUCAAGUGAAACCUUAACCUCCCAAAACACAGUUAAGUACUGGAAUAAUUGUGCAUAUCUUCCUCUUCGAUUGGUUACAAAUAAAAAGAAGUUACUAGGAUGAUCUUCUAGUAAUUAUGAAACUACUAAUAAUUUGGACAGUUCAAACUCUUAACAACUUUGCAUCUCUCAGUAACAGUUAUUCUGGAAUCUAACUACUGCAGCUAGCAAAGCGGAAUGGUAUAUACCACUUUUCUAUCCCUUGUCUUCACUCCCCCUUCCCCCCAAAUUUCACUUUUUUCUUUUUCCCCAUAAUUAUCUUGUAUCAUUGGUUUUAAGCUCUCAAUGAUCAGAAGAGCCUAAUAUGUUCGUAUUCUGAUAAGACAGUGCAUCCAUCUUCCUGGUUAGCAUGUCCAGGACCAAUAGGUCAAUUGAACUUAAUGUGCUUAUAAGAAAGGUUGAAAUGGAUAGACUAUGGAAACUAAUUUUGGAAGUCAACUUCCAAAGAGGUCGAGUUCAAAGCCGAACACAAGCGAAAAACUUGUGAGUGGAUCUUUACCCUUCAAUAUAUAUAUAUAUAUAUAUAUAUAUAUUUUGGGGGGGGCGUGGUGGGUGUUUGAGCUAAGUUAUGUGCAAUCAAUUGUGGCACAUUUUACGAUGAUAAAACAUUUGCCCUGGCUACAGUAAUCAGAAAAUCUUUGAGCUGUCUUAACAUUUCUCAUUACAGAAAGGCAGAAGCAGUUCUGAAUUCUGGUUAUUGAAGAACUCAGCAGAAUCCCCCCCCCCCCCCCCCAACCCCCCUUCUCUCUCUCUCCACACACAAGUACACUCAGGUGCGUACAUCACAUGCAUACAAAUAAUUAACCCAUUAAAUUUGAGCAAUUUGAUUGAGAUUUCUAAAUUUAUGCUUUUGUUUGACUUGUAUUAUGUUAUUCCAGGUAAAUGCUUUUGGAUUUUAUCAUGUCAUCUAUGAAGCCCUCAAUCAUCCUAUUAAGAGCAGAUAUAAAAGCAAUUUGUAAUCUGAUUUUGGGGAUAUUGUUUGCUGUGAUUGAUUACUGCUCUAAUGAGUUUGAGUAUGGUAGCUGACGUCCGUUGCACCAUACUUUAUGGUGGUAUCUUUUUGUAUACUGCCAAUAAGAAAAGCCCCAAUGGGAAACUUCGGGUUCUUUAUGAAGUCUUCCCAAUGUCAUUCCUGAUGGAACAAGCUGGAGGUUGGACAUUUACCGGCAAGCAACUGGCACUUGUUUUGGUCCCAAAGAAGAUACACGAGCGAUCUCCGAUUUUUCUGGGUAGUUACAAUGAUGUUGAGGGGAUUAAGGUGCUCUAUGCUGCUGAAGAGAACAAUAUUCGGUUUGGAGGGGCUUUUCUAGGAAUGAGCUGGAACGCAUUUGGUUGCUUGUGGGUUGUUGUGUAGUAGACUUUAUGACAUAUGGCUCUCAUGGAGUAAAAUGUGCUACUGUAGUAGGGUUUUAAGGGAAAUUGGUUCAUGGGUGU